AUGGAUAAGUCUUGGAUUCAUCAUCAUGCUAGGGGUAGUGAAGGGUACAAUAGAGGCAUAAGAAACUUCAUAAAGUUGGCUAACAGACAUAAAGAUGGGCAGGGUAGGAUCAGAUGUCCGUGUCGUUUGUGCAAAAAUACUGUGUAUAAGCCAAUUAAGGAGGUUGAAAAACAUCUAUUUCAGUGUGGGAUGUACAAGUCGUAUACUAAUUGGAUAUGGCACGGGGAGGGUACUGUUAACAUCACUAGUACUGUUAAUACAGAAUAUGAUGUUAAUACCGACAAUGGGGAUAAUGCCGAUGAGGGACGUGGAAACGAAGACAAUGUAUUUGAACUGCUGGAUAAUGUACGAAUGGGAACAUUCACUAAUGCAGAACAAGCAGAAGAUCCACUUGAAGUUGAUGUGGGAGACGAAAGAUUUAAGAAAUUGCUAAAUGACGCACAAUGUGAAUUGUGGCCAGGUUGUCAGAAAAACUCUAAGUUGUCAGCAAUAUUAAAGUUGUUCCAUAUGAAAGUUGUAGGCCGAAUGACCAACAAAAGUUUUGACAUGUUGCUUAAGUUGCUAAAAGAGGAGUUGCUUCCUGAUGACAACACAUUGCCAAAGUCAUAUUACGAGACUAAAAGCUUGUUACGUGACUUGGGUCUCGGAUACGAUUCCAUCUAUGCAUGUAAAAAUGAUUGUGCUCUAUUCUGGAAGGAGAAUGAAGGUAAAAAAUGUUGUCCACAAUGUGGUGAGUCAAGGUAUAAAUCUCGCGAAGGUAAAGGUAAGAAAAUUCCUCAAAAAGUUCUACGAUACUUUCCUUUGAAACACAGGCUUCAACAAUUGUUUAUGUCAAGGGAUACAGCCGUAGACAUGCGGUGGCAUAAGGAGAAAUGCGUCAAAGAGACAAAUGUGUUAAGACAUCCAGCUGAUUCAAAAGCUUGGGAGGAAUUUGACAAUAAGCAUAGUUGGUUUGCUACCGAUCCUCGUAAUGUUCGUCUCGGGUUAGCAUGUGAUGGUUUUAAUCCAUUUGGUAACAUGAGCAAUGCUUAUAGUAUGUGGCCUGUAAUUAUUGUGCCUUAUAAUUUGCCACCUUGGAUAUGUAUGAAGGAACCAUAUAUGUUUAUGUCAUUGCUUAUUCCUGGUCCUAAAUCACCUGGUAAUGACAUUGAUGUGUACCUGCGACCGUUGAUCGAUGAGUUGAAAGAAUUAUGGAUGGAUGGUGUGAUGACAUAUGAUGCAUAUAGCAAAUCUCACUUUAACAUGCAUGCGGGGUUGAUUUGGACUAUACAUGAUUUUCCCGCCUAUGCGAUGACAUCCGGAUGGAUGACAAAGGGUUAUAUGGCAUGUCCAAAUUGUAACAAACGCACAUGUUCUUGUUAUUUGAGUCAUGGAAAGAAGAUAUGUUACUUGGGAACUCGUAUUUUUUUGUCAUCCGAACACGCUUAUAGGAAGCGUUAUAAGCAAUUUAAUGGUGAGAAGGAAGAAAGACAGCCACCAAAGCAGUUGAUUGGUGAUGAUAUUCUAGAACAACUUAAUCUCAUACCCGAGGUUAGAUUCGGAAAAGGACCAAACAAUAAGAAGCGGACUCGUGGGAAGGAGGAACUUAAUUGGACAAAAAAGAGUAUAUUCUUUGAAUUGCCUUAUUGGAGAACGCUUUUGUUACGGCACAACUUGGAUGUUAUGCACAUAGAGAAAAACAUAUGUGAUAACGUAUUGGGGACAUUAAUGAACAUUGAAGGAAAGACGAAAGAUACGUUCAAAAGUCGGAUGGAUUUAGAAGAAAUGGGUAUUAGAAAAGAACUUCAUCUUAGGCGUAAUGGUGAGAAAUUUGAGAUGCCACCUGCGCGUUACACAUUGUCAAAGGAUGAAAAAAGGCAAUUGUGUGAUUGGUUAAAGUCGGUGAAAAUCCCAGAUGGUUAUGCGUCGAACAUAAGCCGUUGUGUGAAUGUCAAUGAAUGUAAGAUAUCUGGAUUGAAAAGUCAUGAUUCACAUGUUCUCUUACAGCGUCUCCUCCCUCUAGCUAUACGGGGAUUGUUACCCGUUGAUAUUUGUAAUGCGAUAGCAGAGCUUGGUUUAUUCUUUAAGGAGAUGUGUUGUCGGACCCUUAAAAUGGAUGUCUUAGAGGCAUUAGAAAGGGACAUUGCUGUUAUAAUAUGCAAGUUAGAGAUGAUAUUUCCUCCAUCAUUUUUUGACAUAAUGGUGCACUUAGCUAUGCAUUUGCCACGUGAGGCUAUCAUCGCAGGACCUGCCCAAUAUCGGUGGAUGUAUCCCAUUGAAAGGUUUUUACAUACUCUUAAGUCUUAUGUGCGUAAUAAGGCACGUCCUGAAGGGUCCAUUGCCGAAGCUUAUGUGGACAAUGAAUGUGUUACAUUUUGCGCAAGUGCACACAAGGCUACACUUGAGCAAGAAAAUACGGUUAAUGUACAAUCCAGACACGCAAAAGAAUUUCCCAGAUGGUUAGAAACACUGAUAAAGGAAGAGCGUUAUCAUAACAAGUCAACAAUUAAUGAUGACCUUUAUUCAUUAGCGUGUGGACCUGAAUCUCGGAUACAUCGAUAUUCUGGUUGCAUUGUAAACGGAGUUAGGUUCCAUACAAAGGAAAGGGAGAAAAAUCGAAGAACACAAAAUAGUGGUGUGUUAGUCAAAACAGAGGACCUUGAUUACUAUGGCGUCUUGACAGAUAUCAUUGAGUUACAAUACCCUUUGAAAAGGCGGGUUGUCCUAUUUAAAUGCGAUUGGUUCAACACAAAGACUGGUAUUAAGAAUGAUACUUAUUUUAGGAGCAUAAACAUAGCCCGUAAAUGGUACAAAGAUGAGCCUUUUGUGUUGGCUAAUCAAGCUAAACAAGCCUUCUUCGUCAAAGACAGCAAAUUACGAGGGACGUGGGAGGUCAUUCAAGAUAUAACACAUAGAAGCUCCUAUGAUGUUCCUGAAAUGGAAGAUGAUAGCAAACUUACAGCUGAAAUGUGUACUGCAGCAUAUCAAGAGGAUGAACCAUGUAUUGUGGAUAGGGUUAUUGAAGCAGCAAACUUUGACAUGGAUCCACUCCCUUUGAAUAGGGAUGGCUUGGAGGUUGAAAGUAUUGAUGCUGAAAUAAUUCUUAAAACUAGUCAAGAAUCACGUUAUGAAUUUGACUUUCUUGAAGACAAUGAUGAAAUCUCCAUUGAAGACAAUUCAGACGAGGAAGAAAAAUUGCUUAGUGAAGAUGAUACUGAUUUGGAUGACAUGUGA